AUGAGAUUGCUGACUCACAAUUAUCUGAUUUCCAAUGUCAAGGGGACCAAGGAAGGAUACCCACUCCAAAUAGAAGCUGAGGAAGUUGUGAUUGAAGAUAGUCCAUUUGAUCAAGAACUAGUGACUGGAAUCUUGCCAAAACUGAACUAUGAGGCUGUCAUUGGGGCCCUGCAUCAGGUGGCCGAUAAAGUAGAACCGAAGCCGGCGGAUAUUCCUGAAAAGCUUCCAGAAGGAGAGAUUGAUACUGCCACAUUGGAAGCGCUUUACCAUGUUCUAUUCAACAUUCAUGUCAUUGAGGGGCAUCUAGUUUGCCCUGAUACGGGUAGAAAGUUUCCAAUUAAGCAAGGGAUCCCAAAUAUGAUCUUGCAUGAAGAUGAAAUCUAA